CCUCCUGCCUCAGCCUCCCGUGUAGCUGGGACUACAGGGACAAGGAUGGCGAGACUGCCCACGGUCAUGAGCCCUCAGUGCUCCUGGGGCUGAGGUUGGGGCUGGCAGCCAUGGGGCUGGGUCGCCUUCAGGCCUGGUUGUUGGGCCUGCCCACAGCCGUGGUCUAUGGCUCCCUGGCCCUCUUCACCUCCAUCCUGCACAACGUGUUCCUACUCUACUACGUGGACACCUUUGUCUCGGUGUACAAGAUCAACAAAACGGCCUUCUGGGUUGGAGAGACGGUGUUUCUCCUCUGGAACAGCCUCAAUGACCCCCUCUUCGGCUGGCUCAGUGACCGCCAGUUCCUCAGCUCCCAGCCCCGGUCGGGUGCUGGGCUCUCCUCGAGGGCCGUUGUGCUGGCCCGGGUGCAGGCGCUGAGCAGGCACGGGCCCCUGCUGGCACUGUCGUUCCUGGCAUUCUGGGUGCCCUGGGCCCCGGCCGGCCUGCAGUUCUUGCUGUGCUUAUGCCUGUAUGAUGGCUUCCUGACUCUCGUGGACCUGCACCACCACGCCUUGCUGGCUGACCUGGCCCUCUCGGCCCACGAUCGCACCCACCUCAACUUCUGCUGCUCCCUCUUCAGUGCAGCUGGCUCGCUCUCUGUCUUUGCCUCCUACGCCUUUUGGAACAAGGAGGAUUUCUCCUCCUUCCGCGCCUUCUGCGUGACACUGGCCACCGGCUCUGGGCUGGGUUUUCUGGGGGCCACACAACUGCUGAGGCGGCGGGUUGAGGUGGCCAGAAGGGAGCCUGGGUGCUCAGCCCUGGCUGUGGAUGGCAGCCUCUGUGGAGAGGAGCUGCUUGUGGGCAGUGAGGAAGUGGGCAGUGUCACCUUGGGCCAGUACCUCCGGCAGCUGACACGCCACCGGAACUUCCUGUGGUUCGUGGGCAUGGACCUGGUGCAGGUCUUCCACUGCCACUUCAACAGCAACUUCUUCCCCCUCUUCCUGGAGCAUCUGUUGUCGGACCACAUCUCCCUCUCCACAGGCUCCAUCUUGCUGGGCAUCUCCUAUGUCGCUCCCCAUCUCAACAACCUCUACUUCCUGCCCCUGUGCCGACGCUGGGGCGUCUAUGCUGUCGUUCGGGGGCUUUUCCUGCUCAAGCUGGGCCUUAGCCUGCUCAUGCUGCUGGCUGGCCCGGACCACCUCGGCUUGCUCUGCCUCUUCAUUGCCAGCAACCGUGUCUUCACUGAGGGCACCUGUAAGCUGCUGACCUUAGUGGUCACCGACCUGGUGGACGAGGACCUGGUGCUGAACCACCGCAAACAGGCAGCCUCGGCGCUUCUCUUUGGCAUGGUUGCCCUUGUGACCAAGCCAGGCCAGACCUUUGCCCCGUUGCUGGGCACCUGGCUGCUCUGCUUCUACACAGGUCACGACCUUUUCCAGCAGCCCCCAAUGACCCCUAUAGGGAGUGCCCAGCCCUGGCCAGAGCCCCCGGCCCCAGCCCCUGCGCAGGCCCCAAUGCUCCGCCAGGGCUGCUUCUAUCUGUUGGUGCUGGUGCCCAUCACCUGUGCUCUGCUGCAGCUCUUUACCUGGUCCCAGUUCACGCUGCAUGGGAGACGCCUGCACAUGGUCAAGGCCCAGCGCCAGAACUUGUCACGGGCCCAAACCCUGGACAUUAAGACAGUGUGAGAGGUGCAGCAAGGCCACCCUGCUGAGGACACUGCCUGAAGCCCAGGGGGCCUUAGAACGGAAUGAGCACUAAGGAAACCCGAGUGUGGAAGCAAGCCUUGGAACACUGAAUGAAAGCAGCUGAGCUCCUCCAAGCUCCCACCCCACAUGCAGAGCAGGCCUUGCAGUCUGAAAUGGCCUGGCCUUCAGCUGCCUCACAGACCCAGCCUCGGGGGCAGCUCAACUCCCUGGAUGAGGAAAAAAACUCAAAUGCCUACAAGGGUCAGGCAGGAAAAGUAAGUGAAUACAGGAAAAUAAGAAUAUUUUUUACUUCCAUAAAAAAUGUUUUUUCCCCACAUGGCCUUCUAGGUCUGUCCUUAGUUUUCUCUCUUUUGGAUACAGAUAUUAAAUAGCAACUGACACUCAGCCUUCGUGUUGGGUGGGCAAUAGAGAAUGGGGCGAAGUAUGGUAAAGAAGCCAGGCUUGCAAAGCGUAUCUAUGAUGGCAGCCAUUAUUCCACUGGAGCUGAUUUUUGCCCUAUAGAAAUGCAGACUUAGUAUUACCAGGUCUUCUCUUUUUUUCAGAGAAGCCAGAAAUUUGGAUUUUGAUAUGACAUCUCCCAAUUUUCAAAUGCUGGCUUUUAAUUUUUGUAAUGGGGCCAAACAAAUCCCACUGUAGUCACCACUGUACAACCUCUGCAGUAGACCUGAGCCUAACCCUGGUGAGAGAUGGGGUAGGAAUAUGACAGAAACGAUAGGGCAUGAGAACAGGGACUGAUCCGGGGGAUACUUGCUCCAGGCAUUUGGAUCAAGACUGUAUCACCAGCCUGGCAGAGCACCUGCCAUACGAUAAGCACUGAAUACAUACAUGAACACAUUACAGGGACCUUCAGGAAGAGCUGUGGCAGCAUGUGGCCUUCUCAGCAGGCCUAGCUGAAAGUCCUGGCCACCAAACCAACUGAGAGUACUGACACUGGGGUAUAGUCAAUACCAGUAACAUCUCCUCUUUUGAUUUCAACUAAGAAGCCUUAAUGCUCAGUUUCAGCAAAAGUCGUCUCCCUUUCCCAUGGUCUUUAAAACUUCCCUAUCGGGGGUGUGUGUGUGUGUCAAGUUAUUCCAAACCACCCCAGAGGAGAGCCUGCCUCAACUGUGCCAAAGGACUGCUUUUCCACCCAAGGGCCGAGGCUAGCCAGCUGCUACUCACA